AUGGCACCCCGAACCAGUCGCCCACGAACCAAGAAACCCAAGAUUGAGCACGCCCCGGAUGAUGACGACAAGAAACCCAGCCGACGGCCAACGCGACGGGCCACGAAAGUCAAGCCCAAAAAACAAGACUCUUCUUCAAGCCUGUCAUCUGGCGAGUCGGACGGGAAACCUCAACAGAAAGAUUUCGUCCCCUCUGACGAAGAAGAUGAUGAUCCGGCCGCAGACUCGCCUGAACUCGAUAGUGAUCAUAUUGACAGCGAAGAUGAUGAUCAGAAGAUUCCUAUAAAAUCCAAGAAACGCAAAUCCACCGCCGCGAGUACGACUCAUAACUCACAAUCUACAGUCAUCAAAAACCUUGCACCUGGGCCCACGAAAGAUCAACUCGUAAGCCCGGGACUCAUCGCUGCCUUCACGAUGGAAUUUUUGGAAAAAUUGACGGCUCCCGAAUGCAAUGAUCGUGAAUGGCUUGUUUUAAAUGAUAAAACCUAUCGGAAAGCGUUAGAAAAUUGGAACCAGUUCGUCGACCUCUUGUGUCCAAAAAUCAUUGAAUGUGACUGGACGAUUCCUAAAUUACCAGCAAAAGAUCUGGUCUACAGGUUACAUCGAGAUGUCAGAUUCUCGAGUGAUAAAACACCCUACAAGAAGUAUUUCUCAGUUGGCUUUUCCCGGACGGGAAGGAAAGGGCCAUGGGCCUCAUACUAUCUGCAAAUCGAACCCGGCGACAAAUCUCUAGUCGCCGGAGGUAUUUGGUGCCCGGAGAAAAACCAAUUGGCCACAAUUAGACAUUCAAUCGUCAGGAAUUCUAAGCCGCUACGAGACGUCAUCAAUCAUAAAGAGUUUACGGAUAUGUUUGGGAAACCUCCCGGAAAACCCGCAACAGAAAGAAUGAAUAUAUUCGGCCACAAAGAUGAAUUGAAAAAUGGCCCGAAGAUGAAUGGAGUCGAUAAAUCGCAUCCAGAUCUUGAUCUGUUGAAACUCCGAUCAAUCGCGGCUACCAAAUCAUUCACGGAUAAGGUUGUCCUCUCGAGCUCCUUCAUGGAGGAAAUAGCCAAAGCUAUCAAGGUUUUGAGUCCAUUGGUUCAAUGUAUAAACGAAAUGAUCUUACCCCAAUCUGAUGACGAAGAAGAUUAA